CGAACCUAGACAGUCGGCUGCAAUAAAUGGGCGAGUAGUUUGAGCAGCUGAUCGCUUCACUGUCGCUCUCACCGAUGAGGAGCCAGAGCAACCUAUCUUGACGCCGCAUGACGGGCUGCGCAGACCGGUACAGUGGAAGCGAGCCCAGCUGCAUAGGCCUGAUAAAGUCCGAGAAAAUGGUGAGGGUUGUCAUUUGGCGCCCCUCCGUUCAACAUGAACCAACCUGUAGGACUCGAGGUGGAUAUCAUUGUGGCUGGAGGUGGCACAAGUGGUUGUGUGCUCGCAAGCCGGCUGGCAGAAGAAUUCCCUGAUCUCAGCAUCCUCAUCGUUGAAGCCGGCCCGUCUACGCAAGAUGACGUCGCACAUAUCCAGCCUGCACGGUAUCGCAGCCACAUGCGUCCUGACUCCACCACUAUGAAGUUCUACGCCAGCAAGGAAAGCGAAUAUCUUGAUGGACGGUCGGUUAUUGUCCCAACCGCCCAGUGUCUGGGAGGAGGGUCCAGCGUUAACUGGAUGAUGUAUGCGAGGGCUUGCGUUUCUGACUAUGACGACUGGGAGAACGUUCAUGGUAACAAAGGGUGGGGAUAUAAGGAUCUCCUGCCGUUCUUACGCAAGAUGGAGACAUACCAAAUCGAGUCAGGAAAGGAAACGCAUGGCGAUUCCGGUCCGCUCAAGGUAUCCUGGGGAGGGUAUCGCGGAAACUUGGAAGGACAAUUUCUCGACGUCGCGGCCAAGUAUGACCCGGAGCGCGGCAGCACAGACGAUGUCAACGCGAUGACUGAAUGCAAUGUUUAUGGGCGAAAUCCAAAGUGGAUUGAUGCCACAAACGGGAGACGACAGGAUGUGCCGCAUCAAUACUUGUACAAGCUGUUGAAUUCCACAAAGUUAACCGUCAUCACCGAGCACGUUGUCAAGCGGGUCAUCUGCAGGAACGAACGCGCAGUUGGCAUCGAGUAUGUUUCUAAGCAUGAAUCGGGGCCAGGAGCUAAGCAGCAGAUCCACACUGUCCAUGCACGUCGCCUGGUCGUUAUCUCGGCCGGAGCUUUCGGAUCCCCUGGAAUCCUGGAGCGAUCGGGCAUAGGCGGAGAGAAGCUGUUGCGGGACCUCAGUAUUGACACAAUUGUGGACCUCCCUGGCGUGGGGGAGAAUUAUAAUGACCAUGUAGGGCUCUUUGCGCCAUAUGUCGCUGACGACAAGGCAGAUACGCAUGAUGCGCUUGAAAGGAAUGAUCCAGAUGAGGUUGAUAAAUGGAACGCUCAAUGGUUCGAGGACGGUACCGGAAUGAUGGCUGCCAAUGGUCUCGACGCAGUCAUCAAGUUGCGCCCGACGAUGCAAGAACUGCAAGAUAUUGGUCCCGAUUUUCACUCGCGAUGGGCUGAGGCUUUCGAGGACGCAACUGAUCGACCGGUGAUGUGGUUUGGCACUGGCGCUUGGUACGGAAAGGAACCCGUUGACGUUCCCUCCGGAAAGUAUUGGAACGUCUGUUACUUCCUGCUGCGGCCGUCAUCGAUAGGAUACGUCCACAUCACCUCUGCGGACAACGUCCAUGCUCCUCCAGACUUUGAUCCUAAAUUUCUCAGCUGCAAAGACGAUCUCGCUCUGCUACGGUGGCUUUACAAGCGUAGCCGCGAGUUUGCGCGCCGUCUGCCGUACUAUCGUGGCGAGUACUUGCCCGGUCAUCCGAAUUUUGCACCUCACAGCGCAGCGGCGGGCCGUGCGAGUGCGCAGCCCGUGGAGAUCUCUGCGCCGAACCUGGUUUUCAACGAGGAGGAUGAUAAGGCGAUAGAUGAUCAUACGCGUGCUUCUGUGAGCACUAUAUGGCAUUCCCUAGGUACCUGCGCCAUGAAAGCGCGAAACAAGGGUGGUGUGGUAGACUCGCAGCUGAACGUAUAUGGUGUUCAGGGCCUGAAAGUAGCGGACAUGUCUAUCGCGCCGGCCAACGUCGCCUCGAACACUUACUCCACUGCGCUUGUGAUAGGGGAGAAAGCAGCACAGAUUAUUAUUAAAGAGAUACGCAGUCACAUUCCUCUCUUACACUUGUAACCCACCUCGUAGAUGUACCUGCGCGGUCAAUUCUUGCCGUUAUGUGUUGUCAUUUUUAUCAUUU